AUGAUACUACUGGUCGCCUGUCUCAGCCUCCUAAUUGGUCCCGGUGAACUGGGCAACCUGAACAAUGGCCUAUCCGUCGGUGUGACAGCAGUUCUCGGCAUCGGUUCGUUGCCUUUUGGAUUCGCGACAGGACCCAGGUACGUUCCAAAAUGGAAAAAACAGGCGUGCGAAAUACCAGCCGCGCAGCAUCCAAACUCGCACUACGUUUGCGACGAAGCCGGCGAAGUAAAGUGCCUGCCAGGAUGGACCGGCGAUUUGUGCGACGUGCCAAUCUGUCGGAAGGGGUGCGACCCUCUUCAGGGUUACUGCCGUCGACCCGGUGAAUGUCGCUGCAAAUUGGGCUUCUAUGGCGAGCUCUGCGACAAGUGUGUAGCUUUGCCUGGAUGUCAGCACGGCAGCUGUAACGUGAGCUUCGAGUGUUCCUGCGAUCCUGGAUGGAAAGGCAUGUUCUGCUCGGAACCGAUCUGCGCGGCCGAUUGUCUGUCCAGCCAGGGAUAUUGCGAGAAACCCGGCGAGUGCAGGUGUCGAUUAGGUUGGCAGGGUUCAAAGUGCAAACAGUGCGCCGUUUUGCCGGGUUGCGUGCACGGAACGUGCCAAGGACCUCUCGAAUGUCGUUGCGAACCUGGCUGGACCGGACUCCUUUGCCAGACGCCAAUUUGCUCGCAAGGAUGUAGUAGAGAACAUGGCACCUGUCGGCGUCCAGAAACGUGCAGAUGUCGAGUAGGAUGGACAGGACCUAACUGCACCGAAUGCGUACCUUAUCCUGGAUGCGUACACGGGUCCUGCAAACGACCAUGGGACUGUCGUUGCGAGCCUGGAUGGGCAGGUGACCUAUGCAACGAGAAACUAACGUAUUGCGACGAGCAUCCAGAUACCUGUCGCAACAACGCAACAUGUAUCAGCAUGACCAAAGAAGACGGCAAUUACAGGUGCAUCUGUCCUCUCGGUUACAUGGGUCGCCAGUGUCAAAUUAAAACGAUGGUUCCGUCGACGGAAUUAAUACCACCGACUCUCGAUUCGACCGAUUCAGAAACGAAACCGCAAACGAUUUCGACGAAACCAGAAGUAAGCGAGGGCCCUCAAACUCUGGACGACAAAGAAAAAGACACGAUGAAAAUAGAAACGCAAACGGCGGAACCGUUAGGGCCAAUUGUUAUCACGGAUCCACCGUCCACUAUCGAUCCCGCCGCGACCGUAGGAAAAUGGCCAACCGAAUCUCCUACGGAGCCACCGAUCAUGGAAAUGGACGACGACAACGAAACAUGAAACAUAAAAGUUGACGGAGCCUAUUCCUCGACUGUUAUUUAUUUCAUCUAUUUAUUUAUUUAUUCUAAUUGUAAUCGAUACUUACUCAGUACUGCUUAGAAAUUGUUUGCUAGCCGCGAAUCUAAUCGACGAUCUAUUUUAUCUUGUAAGAGUCCUUCAUAGUCGUUCGAUAUCGUAAAUAAAUACAGUCGUAAACGUGUAAUUCGAGUUUGAAACAUAACUGAGACAUAGAGGCGAUAAAACUAAUACGAUACGACAAACUGCGUUAACAAGAUUUAUUUGACGUGUCGCGAGUUGGGACUUUACUGCUUUUUGAAGAUUUUUCAAUUUGGAUGCGUUAUCAUUUCGGCUACGAUACGUUUAAUUAAUGCAUUUGGAUUAAAAUUUAGAUUUAGAAAUUUCGAAAGAACCGUGUGAAACCCGAUACGUUUCAAAUGCUUGAUAUUGCAAAAUUUUCUGAGCCGAACAAUGGCGAGUUUCGAGUAAAACCACGAUCGCCGAUCGCGUUUCAACGAGCUCGGGAUUUUCUUGUACCUCGAAGCCAAUUACUGCUUGCAAUGGCUAGGCAAGACGCGAAUGGUGCAUACUUUUAUAGUACCUUCGAAACCCAUACUCCCUGGAAUAUAAACUCGUCUAAACAUUCUCGUUACGCUCCAACGAGCGCCUAUUCGAUGUUUCACGACGCAUAUUGCACGCUAAACGUGUGUCGUUUUUCCAUCGACGCACACACACACGUAACUAGAGCGACUGCCCACGUAAU